GCCGCUUGUCGAAAAUUUCGAUGUGAUAACAGUGAUAUUAUCAAAACAUUCGAUACUGUUAAAAAACUUCAUCGCCGUGUAAUUAUUGUUAAUAAUCACAAGUUUUUGUGAUUUUGUGUUUAUGGACAAAACUUUUUGCUAUUGUAAAGACUAUACAUCGGGAAUAAGAAUAGCAUGUUUAUCGAACUUAACAUAAUGCAACCAAUUUGAUAACAGUUUUAUACAGUUUCGUUUCGGCUAUUUUAAAAUCAAACAUAUAAACAAUCCUCUGUGAAAUGGCAACUGGUAGUCAUGAAAUCGAGAAUGAAGACAGCAGUGACAUGGUUGGUGGAUGUGUCCAGCUGCGUUCAUGUGAACCGUGUAUGAAGGAUAACACCUCUACAAAUGCGACUCAAUUUUGUACGGUGUGCAAAGAAUUUAUGUGUGAUGAUUGUAAGCGAGGACAUAGUCGCUUCAAACCUGGUAAACAUACAUUCAUCAGUGCAAAAGAUGUAACUGAAAUACCUAUAGUGGUCGACAUGAAAGAUUUAGACAAAUGCGAAGAACAUCAAAAAAAAAUUAAAUUCUUCUGCAAAGACCACUCGCUAUUGUGUUGCAGUACAUGUGCAUUUAUUCAUAGGACAUGCACAAAUGUGGACGAGUUAGCUAAGAUUUCUGAGGAGAAAGGGCAGCUAUUGCAUGAUUUGAAAAGAGAUCUUGUUCAAGCGGCCAGUAAAGAAAGCGAUAUCAUAAAUGAUUGCAUGCAAACGAAACAAAGUUUAAACGAAAAACUGAUCAAACUUCCUACCGAUAUUGGGGAAUUAAGGGAAAAAAUAAAUACACUGUUUGCCAAGGCAACAACAGUCAUUAAUAACCGAGCUAAAGAUGUUGUCGACGUUGAAGUAAAGCGCCUUAGUGAAAGACAAGCCUCUACGGAAAAAGUUCUGCAAGCAAUUAACGAUAUACUUCCCAUUUGUUCCGCUGUGGUCGAUGAUGGAACACCUCAGCAAGUGUUUAUUCUAGCAAGGACCAUAGAGCGGAAACUAAACGACAGUAAAGUUCAUGAUGAUCAGCUGCAAAACAACCAUUUUACAUUAAAAUUGUCAUUGCAAUUUGCAGAAGAGAUUUCGACAAUCCUGAAGAAAGGAAGUGAUUUUGUAAAACUUGAAUCUCUCCGAAUUCAUCAAAAAUCAGAGCUGACCAACGCCUCUUGACAUACCACGCUGUGCGUUUCUUAUUAAGCAAGUGUUAAUAAAACAAAUAAUAUUUUGCUGCAAGCUGACAUAAAGAAGAAAUACAAUGUAUUUAAUAAAGACAGGAGCCAGACGCGUGUAACCCAUCCCAUAAUCGACUGUUUUCCGGCUAAUAAAGUCAGUUAAUUAAAAGAACCACAACUACUGAUUUGCUACACUGCGUGGGUUUUGGUCUGUCGUCAUUGAGUAUGGUUAUUACAAUGUACACUUAACGACGGGGGUUGCAGCAACGCUUGUUUUAAAGUUGUUUAUAUGCAUUCACUAACGUGGAUUAUGUACAAGUGAUUGGGUGCAACUUCAACGAUGUACCUUCUGGGAUAAGGCGCGUCCUAUAUCUUGCACUACUCAUGUUGGCAAAUUUAAAAGUUCGUUGAAUCUUCUUACAACCACGUAACCAGACAUAAUUGAUAAAACGCGCGCCACACAUAAUAACAUAUUAUUCUAAACAACCAGCAAUGCCGAGCUACAAACUUCACUACUUUGACAUCCGGGGCCGCGGUGAGCUGAUUCGCUACCUCUUUCUGGCGGCCGGAAGGGACUUCGAGGACAACCGGAUACCGCGAGAUGAGUGGCCAAAUGUCAAACCAACAUUAGAGUACGGGCAGGUUCCGGUACUUGAGGUGGACGGGAAGCAGCUGGCACAGAGCAAUGCCAUUGCACGAUUUCUCUCCAGAGAGUUCGAUCUGGCUGGUAAGAACAGCUGGGAGCAGGCGCUCUGUGACCAGACCCUGGAACUCGUUUACGACCUCAUUCUGAAAGUCGUCAAACACCUCUUUGAAAAGGACGAGGAGAAAAAGAAGCAUUUCGGGAAGCAGUUAGCUGAAGUAGACUAUCCAAAAUUCCUGGGAUACUUCGAAAAACAACUCGAAAAUAACGGCGGAAAAUAUUUAGUAGGAAGCGGGUUAACCGUAGCAGAUUUGGCCGUCUAUGCUGUAUUAGACACAGCGUUGCAGAAUGUGGAAACCUUCUUGGAGAAGCACGAGAAAUUGCGGGCUCACCGUGAAAUGGUAGGCGCCAUACCCAAGAUGCUGGACUAUGUCAGCAACAGAAAAAAGACUGUCAUCUAGACUUUCAUUGUCAUAAUAACUGAACAAAAUAAAUAUUGUUAACUUAGUAUUAUAUGGUAUGUACUAUUGUGGGUAUAUAUGAUGCAUACUUGUUAUAAUUAUAAUGUGAUGUGAUUAUGUAAACAAAUAUCCUUUUA